UCAAACACACAUGGAGACGUUACGACACACCAUCUGUCACAGUGAAGUCCACAAGACAUAAUGUAGCGUGCCAUCCUGCUAUUGUCCUCUUCUGUCCACCUGCGACAUGUCAGAUGAUGCCAGACCUGCAGCCUCCAGCGGCGGCUCCUCUCGCAGCGCUAGCCGCAGGAAGAGAACCAGCUUCUCCAAGGAACAUGUGGAGCUCCUACGUGCCACCUUCGAAACCGACCCCUACCCUGGCAUCAGCCUCAGAGAGAGCCUGUCCCAGACCACAGGCCUGCCGGAGUCACGCAUCCAGGUGUGGUUUCAGAACCGUAGAGCUCGCACCCUGAAGUGCAAAGGAGCAAAGAAAGCACUGUGGCACUCUGAUACCCCAGUCCAGGACACACUCCCUCCACCUCAUGUUGUUGCCAACAGGGGAUCACGGGUCGUCCCCAUCCCCCUGCCACCUCAGGGACCCCCACCAGCCUACCCAACCCUGGUGAAGGAGGAGAUGGAGGAAGCCUGCUACUAUCGACAGUGUCCUCCAGCUUACUCCACCAUUGAGGAGCAUGGACAUUACAGCUCCAUGUAUGGGCUCCAGCAGGGCAGACUGCUGGGCAGCAGCUCAAGCCCACCCCUGAGGGGCUACUGGUCCCAGGCAGGCAGCCAAACCUCCCCUGUCCCGCCGCUGUGGUGCCAUUCUCCCCUGGAGAUGAGAAACUAUAGCUCGAGUUCCAGCCAGACAGCAGCCUUCAUGUAUCCAGGAUCAGCAGAGCAGCAAACAUACAUGACCUCUUCCACCUCCCAGUCCUCCACCCCAGACACCCCUGAUUCUGGAUACUGGGAUGCCAGUCUGGAGAACAGCCCACCACUAGAAGGUCAGUACUCGCAGCUGGAAGAUUCAUGGAGCGGGGUUAUUCUGGAAGGCUGCGUGGAGUCCAGACAUCAGGGGCUGGUCCAGCACGCCCCCCUGCCUGAGCUCUCCCUGCAUGAGAUCUUAGGGGAGUUGGAUGAAGACUGGCUGGGAGGAGAAGGACUGGAUAGCCAUGCCACUGGGGAGAAAAUGGCUUUCUGCUGAUGACUCUGUUAUAAGGAUUUACAAUGGACACUUUACAAAUCAUUUGUAUUAUUUUGAUUUUAGUCAUUUGUGUUUUGCCUCUGAGAUAUGUACAUAUAAACAGUCCAAAGAUUCUGCCAAAACAUUGGAAAAUGGAUCCAUAUUUUCAAAAUUCUAAAAUCCUACAUG